UCCAUGGAGCGCGCCCAGCGUUCGCUUUAAGUCGCCAGAAACCCACUGAAACGCCACCGAAAGCCAAGAAACGCGCGUGCGCAGCCGCAAAAAGAGUCAGUCGGUCGUCGGCAGUCUCCGCGUGAAGUCAACUCAACAACUCAACUGAAUCCCACUCAAGUCAGCCCAGCUGAAUUCAAAUCGUGAUCUGUGUUCUCCGGAGUGAACUGCACUUCAUGCACAUUAUCAUUUGCUGCAACUUGUUUUCAAAGUCAUUCCGUGUCGGCGGCCAGUCGCUAAACAAAUUGUGCAUUCUUAAAGACAUUUCAUUUGCGAAGUGCGAAUCAGACAAUUUAUGAUAUAUUUUUUGGAUUUUCUGGAGCUUCCUGACACUGCACACUGCGUCACUUGCAUACGUAAAUCCAAGGAAACAGUUCACAAGAAGGGGAAAACAAAACACACGGCCAAUAUGCAAAUGGAAAAGCACACCGUUCUGAUUCUCCUGCUACUGGGACUCAUUCUUUGGACCGAUUCCUCGCAAGCCGCCCGUCGCCUGAGGAAGAAGCCCAAGGUCUACAACGCACUCAUCACCACCGACGACAACCUGACCUCCAGUCGCGCCUACCCGGUCAUCCAGCCCACCAUCCAUGAGCCGGGCUACGCCCCCUUCGGACCCUUCAAUCCCUACGGAUUCUACAGUCCUCCGAUCGUGAGGUUCGGCCAACCGAUUGUCCCGGGACUGACGCCCAACGAGAGGCUCCCGUACCCUCUGCCGACUGCCGCCCAGUAUCCCGCUGGCUAUCCCGGAACUCCAUAUGAGCCCCAACCAGCCGUGGAGACGCCAGUGGAGCAGCAGCCCCAGGCGGCGUCGCCACCGGGAACCGUGGAGCGCCAGGAGAUGCCCAAGGAGCAGAUGCCCCUGCCGCUGAAUCAGCACGGACUGCCGCCCAUGCUUAUUCCACUGCCCUCCCAGUUCAGAGGACAGCCCAUGCACCUGCCCCCCUAUCCGUACAGCCAGUACCCAGUGAUCUACGACCAGGCGGGCUACAUUAGGCAGAACUACCUGCCACCGUACGACUACUAUCCCACCCAGGGCUACCCCGUGCGCGGAGCCACCUUGCCGCGCGAGCAACUGGAGCAGCCGCAGAAUCCCGUACAGAGUCCAGCUCAACCACAACCACAGCCACAGCAACAGCCACAGCCACUUCCCCUGGAGAAUCUGGAGCCGGCGCAGCCCAGCUUCGAGGACAUUCGCAACGGAUCGGAGAGCAAAAACAGCGCGGUGCCGGAUGUUCCACCUCCGCCAAUACCCUCCGGUCCCAAGCGUCCGCGGCCCGCGGAACCGGAACCAGAAGCGGAAGCUUCUCCGGAUCGCAAGCCGGAAGCGGACAACUGAGUGAAAGCCGAGUGAGGCCGGUUGCCCAGAUUGCACACACGUAUUUAUUACCAUUUCGCUUAGGCAUAAUAUCGAUUCGAUUGUACAAUGUCGCCUUAACCCGUAAGCUAAAGUAAGAGUUCAUUCAGAGAUAACGAAUAAAAAACAUGAAAUCGCACUGGCGGUGAUUGAA